GGCAGCCGCCGGCUCGGAUGCUGCCGCCGGGGAGGCGCCCGACGCUCCGCCCGGCCUGGCCGCGCCGCGCCGCGCCGCCCGGGAGCACCGCAGUGCUCGGGGGCCUCCCGCCCCCCGCCGCCACAGAAAAAACGCCCCCUUUCUAUAUUUCUGAUGGUUUGGAUACAUUCCACAUACUUCCGAAGGGAUCUGCCCACUAGUUUGGGAGUGGUAGAAGAGGCCAGGAGAUCAAGCCUGUCAGCAGUUAUUAGAUACCUAUCCAUUCUGGAACUAAUAUUUGCUACAACCAGAGACUGAAAUGGUGUGACCGAAGCUUUAAAUAAUUUGGCUUCGACAGCUCCAUCAUUUUCUGAGCACUUGGAACAGAAUUUGGGCUCUGCUUCUGCACUAUCCUAGGUUAUAAUGCCAUCCUUGCCUAAUGAGGGAGAUAACCAUGGAACUGCUCCUCUGACUUUGAGUUCAGAACUACCCUAUCAAAGCACAAUUAAAAGGAAAGUCAGAAAGAAGAAGAACGGAGUCAUCACUGCAAAUGUCGCUGGCACAAAGUAUGAAAUAGUACGUGUAGUAAUACGAGAAAUGGGAUUUGUGAAAACACGUGAUGAAGAUGAAACAGCUAACCUUAUAUGGAGUGAUUCUGCUGUGCAGCAAGAAAAGAUUGCUGAACUUCGGAACUAUCAGAGAAUCAACCAUUUUCCAGGAAUGGGAGAGAUCUGCAGAAAGGAUUUUCUGGCAAGAAACAUGACUAAAAUGAUCAAGAGUCAGCCUCAGGAGUAUAGUUUUAUUCCUCGAACAUGGAUCUUCCCUGCAGAAUACACACAGUUUCAGAACUAUGUAAAAGAACUGAAGAAGAAACGGAGACAGAAAACUUUCAUAGUCAAACCAGCUAACGGUGCAAUGGGACAUGGGAUCUCUUUAAUAAGAAAUGGAGAAAAGUUACAAGCUCAGGAUCACUUGAUUGUUCAGGAGUAUCUUGACAAGCCAUUUCUUAUGGAAGGCUAUAAGUUUGAUUUACGCGUGUAUAUUCUUGUAACCUCCUGUGAUCCAUUAAAAAUAUUUUUAUAUCAUGAUGGACUGGUGAGAAUGGGCACAGAAAAGUAUCAUCCCCCCAGUGACUCAAAUUUGAGUCAAUUGUAUAUGCAUCUGACGAACUACUCUGUCAAUAAACAUAAUGAACACUUUGAACGGGAUGAAACAGAAGACAAAGGAAGCAAACGCUCCAUAAAAUGGUUUACUGAGUUUCUAGAAACAAAUAAUCUGGAUGUUUCCAAAUUCUGGAGUGAUAUUUCAGAGUUAGUAGUGAAGACUCUCAUAGUUGCAGAGCCACAUGUUCUUCAUGCUUAUCGCAUGUGCAGGCCAGGGCAAGCACCAGGAAGUGACAGUGUCUGCUUUGAAGUCCUGGGAUUUGAUAUUCUGCUGGACAGAAAACUAAAACCAUGGCUCCUAGAGAUUAAUCGUGCCCCAAGCUUUGGAACUGAUCAAAAAAUAGACUAUGAUGUAAAAAAAGGUGUUCUGCUAAAUGCAUUAAAGCUUCUCAACAUACGGACAAGUGAUAAAAGGAGAAAUUUAGCUCAACAGAAGGCUGAAGCUCAAAAAAGACUGUAUGGUCAAGGUUCAAUGAAAAAACUGUUACCAGGUUCCUCAGACUGGGAGAAGCAGCGUCACACACUGGAAAGGAGGAAAGAAGAACUGAAGGAAAGACUUGCACAAGUACGUAAACAGAUCUCCAAAGAGGAGCAUGAAAAUAGACACAUGGGGAACUACAGGCGAAUUUACCCUCCUGAUGAUAAGACAUUACUUGAAAAGUAUGAGAGUUUGUUAGCCACUGCUUUCCAGACAUUUCUUGCUGGGAGAGCAGCUUCACUUCAGCGGGAAAUGAAUAACCCUUUAAAAAGAAUGAAGGAGGAGGACAUUUUGGAUCUUCUGGAGCAGUGUGAAAUAGAUGAUGAAAAACUGAUGGGAAAAUGCACCAGGCAGCGAGGACCUAAGCCCUUGUGUUCCAUGCCAGAAAGUGCACAGCCCCUGAGAAAAUUUAAGAACUACAAUAGUGAUAGUAGCUGUGAUAGUGGUAGCAGUAUGUCAGAAUCGGGAGAAGAAACUGAAAAGGAAGAUCACAAUGAAAAAAAGGAGAAAAAAGUUUCAUAUGAUCGUGAAGAAAAUAAAUACAAAUCUUUGGAACGAUCAGGUAGAAUGAACUGGAAACCUUCAAUUAAAAAUAUAAAAUCUCCAUCAUGUUCAUCCCCGACAUCAUCCACAGGUCCAAUAAGGCGUUCUGUAAGCUGCCCUCGUUCAAUAUCAGUAUUGACUAUGCAGUCACAAGCAGCUGAGCAACGUCCCUUUUCAGCCAAAGCAUCUCUGCAAAUCCAGCGUGCAUCCUCAGUGAAUAGGUCUCAUUCUUUAAAUCGCAGCCCUUCUUCAGCCAGAGUCUCUCAGACACCCGGCAUGGGAAGUACGAAUUCUUCAGGGGGCGAGUCUUUGCUGCAACAGAAAACAAAAGAGCAAGAAGUUGCUUUGACAAAAGAGACUCUUCUCAUUAUCAAUGACAUGAGAAUGAAGUUCCCAGGUAAAACAGAUGAAGAAUCAGAAUUAAUUAUAGAAGAUAUUAUGGAUAACUGGAAGUAUCAUAAAACAAAAGUGGCAUCCUAUUGGUUGGUAAAACUGGAUUCUGUAAAGCAGCGAAAAGUUUUGGAUAUAGUGAAGACAAGUGUUCGUGCAGUUCUACAGCGUGUCUGGAAGGCUCCAGACAUUGAAAAUUUACAUCUGUACCGUCUCUUUAACCGUGUAUUUAAUCGCUUGCUUUGGAGCCAUGGUCAAGGUCUAUGGAACUGCUUCUGUAAUUCAGGGAGCUCUUGGGAAACCAUGUUCAGUAAAAGCACAGAGGUGGUGACUCCUGAGCAACUCCAGUGUUGCCAACGAAUAGUGCAGCUUUGUAAACACUGCCUGCUGGUGGUUUACAAAUAUUCAUCAGACUCAAGAGGAUCCCCAACUGGGAUUAGCCCCCACUGGGAUGAUACAAGGUAUUUAUUGCCAGGACCUUCACUGUUCAUCGUUAAAUCAUCCUCGUCCAACCUUAGCUGCAGUUCACCUGGAAUGCCUCGCCGUAACAUUUUGUUCACACACAGAUACAGUCACUUGUGAAGCAAAAGGAAAGUUGCUCUUCCUUGUAAAUAAUGGCACUUCAUUUUUUUUUUUAAACUAAAAUUUGUGAUGGAGCUAAAAAUAAGCACCGUUAUAUAUUUACUACCAUAUUAUGAUAACAUUUAGCUGAAAACGUACUGUAAAAGCAUAGCUUUUCUGGAACAUAAUAAACCUUGUUAAGUUGUUUACACACACAUGUGAAUGUGUAGAUCUUACUAGGUUUAUAAGUAAUUCCUUCCUACUAGAAAUGUUAUUUUUGCUGCAGAAUAUAUAAAAUGGAAUUGAUCUUGAAGAUCCUAUUACAGUGUUACAUUAUUUUGUAAGUACAAUACUUUGACUUGAAUAUUAUUUAUUGUAAAGUAUACUAUUUAUUGUCUCAAAUGUAAUUCAUCCUUUAAUGAGGAAGAUGAUUAAAAAGUCUAGUAGAACAGUAGAACUGCAACAGUCAUUGAAAAUAAUCUGAUAAUUUCUUGGACAUAUUUGAUAUAAUAUAAUCUAAAAUAAUCCCCAAACCCUGUAAGCCAAACCUAAAGCAGACACUUUAUUUUUCCUCUGAUAUUACAAGGUCUAUUUAAAACUGCUAUUUUUCUUAAAGGACAUGGUGUAGUAUCUUUUAGCCAAAGUGAAGGCAUCUAGUACACAAGCAGUAAAAAUACCAGUUUAGGCAUUCAGUUUCUAAUCAGAUUCUUGUAAUAAAAUGGAAGCCAGUGUUUGUUACCUGGCUUUCAUUCACGUUACCGAAGUCCUGUGCCUUUAGGUUUCCUUUGGGAGCAAGCAGUCAUCUCCAACUCGCACAAGCAUGCCUAGUGGAUAGUUUUUCUGUUCUACUGCACAGGUGGUCAAGCAGACUUUUUUAGGAAAUACUGCAGCUAUAAUGUAUUAUUUCAACCUUAAAUGAAUUGGUUAGUUGUAGUUUUUAGCAUACAAUCUAGUACAUACUCUAGAAUGUAUCCUCACAAUGGACGGUAUUUUCUAGAUUGCUGACGCCUUUAAAUGUUGGAAAUCGAAUUCAUUAGAAAGCUCUCAUUCAGAUUCAGUUUCCUGGGCCUGGCUGAAGGGCACCAAAGGAAAACGAGCCAGAGCAGGAGCCUAGUAUUAACAGGACUUGCAACCUGAAAAUGUCAUUUAGGAUUUACUACAUACGCCCGUUCAUCCCACUCCGCAUUGUGCCAUAUGCGCCUUACUCAUUACAGAAACAAUUAUUAAAAAAAUCAGUUAAUCUAGAUUUAGAAUGAAUUAAGUUUUUAAACUGAGUAAAGAACAGAGUAGUUAUUAUUUACCAAAGACUUGUUUACUUACCAAUCAUGUAACCCUGAAACGUGUUUGUAAAUUAUCAAUAUAUUUCGGGUAUACUUAAAAAAAGAUAAUUUGGGGACUAAUUAUCCUCAGGAGCAAGUAGGUUAGAGGUUUUUGAUAUCCAGAGGUUUAGGACAAAUUUAAGAGACUUAAAGGAUUUAAGACUGAAGUUGUCUGGAAAUUAUUUUUAAAACUUUAGUCAUAGCAUAUAUAAAACUGGGAAUUUGGGUGAGAUUUUUGAUGCCUGUGCUGUAGUGCCUCAGCUCUAGAACUGUAGGAUAUAUGAUAAUGAGACCAUUUGUAAACAGUUAAAAACACCUCUUGAGAUUAGCCAGAUAUAAGCAGUCUUCUGGUAUGGAAAAUUCUUUUUUGUUUUUUGUGGUAAUACUGGUUUAAUAAUAAUAAUAUAGUAUGUUCACUUUAAUUGUAGAUCUCUUUUGGUCCGUACGGUGACUACUAAUAUUAACAUACUAUGGUUAUCUGUAAGACCUAAUAAAAGCUGUAAAUUCUCUCUUCUUGGGGGAGGCUUCCACUGCAUUCUGCUUUUGGCCAUGAGGAUAAAACCAGCUUCCAGCUUAGCUUGCCAGACUCAAACAGAGCCUUAGGGCAGUAGGGUCACAUGCCUUCCCCACCUCCCCCCACUUUUUUUUCUUUUUCUUUUAAACUACAUUAUGAUCUCUGUUCUCAGAAGCCAGUGCUGGGACAGGUCAAUCUGUAUUGAAUACUCUGCCAGCAGAACGAGGGCUACUAACCAUACCUGUGCGGGUAUGGACAGAUCCAGAAAAAAAAUACAUUUAGCAUGUACCAAAUCGGACCAGGUGGUUGGUUUAUGUCUGAUGUUGCUUAAUAUACUCAUAUUUCUGAUAAUCUUUCCUAAAGUGGUACUGUCUUCCUACUCACAUGUGAAUCAAUACUUUCAAUAAACGUAAUGCCACGCUUCCCUGCCCAGCUCCUCCUAGCAAGCGUGCGUGGUCUGCGGGUGAGUUACGGGCUGCGCCUACAGUCGCACUCCAGGCACUGCUGAAGGUGGAAGCAUUCGCUCCUUUUCUCCUGCAGAACAGCAGCACUUCCUUCAUGAUCAGAUAAGUAGUCCUAGUAAAUGAGCCUUUAAAUAGUAAUUAGUUCUGGCCUCGGGCUCUUGCAAGCACCGCUGCGGCUGAACCUUUGGCCUGGCGACCAGCAGAUCUGCUGCCCCCUCGCCUUGGCCCCACCAGCAAACCUUUUCUUGGGAAGCAACUAAUUUAUUAAACGUGGAGGUGAGACCAACCCCCGAAAUGGUACAACAGGAUGGCAAGUGUAUUUCCAAGCUGUAUGAGAGUUGUAAUUAGAAGGAAAAGUACAUAAUCUUUUUAGCAUAGGUUGAUCUUUACCCAUUUAAGACACGAAGAAAAGAAGGUAACGCGUUUUGUAACGGCCUGUGAGAAUCUUAGUACCUUAAAAAGAGCCCCUCAUACAGGAAUCAGGUGCUCAGUAGCUUUAACGUAGGAGCUGUGUGGUUUUAGGCUAACAAAAGCCUGUGGGUGCCUCCUGGGGAGUCCCUGGGGAAUGGGGUGGGAGCACGAGCGCACCUGGGGGGGCAGGCCCCAGCCCCUGCCCCACCUCUGGGUGGGAAGCGCCAGGCUGGCAGCCCUGCAGGUGUGAGGCUGGCCUUGGGGGAGGCUGCACCGUGAUUACGUUCCCUUGCUAAGUUGUAUCAGAAACCGACUCUCCGGAAACCCACGUUUAGACGAAAAUAUUGCCCUUUACUGGAGAUUUUUAUUUCGUGUUACAUCAUUAUGGUUACUUCGCUCGGAGCAGGCUGUGAGCGCCGGCAGCGGCGCCCGGCGUGGCAGUGGGGAGGGCAGCAGCAGGUAAGGGGCAGCUGAGGAGGGGGCGACGCUCCGGGGCGGUUCAGUCACUGAGCUUUGCUGGUGCGGUGGCAACUCCUUACCGCAGCUCCUCGGGUAGCGCAAGGCGCGGGGCUGGGGGUGACCGUAACUGCUGUGAAAGACGCCUGUCCCGCAUGCCUGCUGUCUUGAAAUAAAGCCCUGUGGGUUACGGUGUGGUUACGGUGUGGUUACAGCAAGCUGGUGGGUUGAGUAGGUGUUUAGAAGGAGGGACCGUCGCAGCGCGGAUGCGGGUUUGCUGCCCAGGGCCGCCGUCUCGUACCGCACUGGGCGAGGGCAGGGCAAGCGGCCUGGGGCGGCCGCAGGAGUGCUGGCGCUGAAAAUCUUACAAAGGCUUCAUUCUUCAUCUGUGGUGUGAAACAGCUCUUAUCCUGUGAGGGCACGGCCUGGUGGCAUCUGCUCCUCUAGGCAUUACUGGUGAAAAACACCUGCUGGAGCCUGCAGGGGUUCGCUGGGGCUGUGGAAGGAGCUUCCAGGGCUGACCAGAAAGGGGGACGCUUUCCACAGCGGGGUGCUGCAGGUCCAGGCCUGCGCCUUGCCCGUGGAGGUCUGCCCCUCGCUGCGUGCUCAACGCAGCCGGACCUGUCCCGUGCCUGAGGACGUGGAGUCUUCUGCUGAAAGAAAGUGCUGCUUUGGGUCUUGGCAACAAGCUUGGGAGUCCAAAUACAAAGGCUGAAGAGCAAGGAAAAUACUUUUUCGAAAGUAUUGCUUUGCUGAAGUAAUGUUAAAAGAAACAUUACUUAAAAUACCUCACGAGGAUACCCGUUUGGCAGACCUCAGCCUUGGGUUAACGUCCUGUCUGGAAAGGAGUGUCUUCUCCUUGUUACGGGACAGUCUCUAGCUGUUGAUUGUACAGGAAAGUAAAAAAAUUUGUUACCUUCUGAAACUACGUCUGAAUGGUUCCUUAGCUGGGCCAGGAGGUCUAGAACAAAUUCACUUUUAGAUAUAAACCCGUAAGUUUAUAGUUUUUGACUUUUCCUGUAUAUUCAAGUGAAAAGACUGAAUUACAGUGACAGUUAUAACAUUUAAUUUAGGUCUUAGCAAAUGUGAUUAUUUGCAAGUUAGCUUUGCAUGCAGUGUUAAAACAGUUCACUUGAAGCCGUUGCAUUUAUUCCCAUUUUCAGGAGAAAAUAAUUUGCUGUUAAGCGGCGUACUUAUUGGAAAAUCUUUCACUCCGGCAUUUGCUAAAAACAUUUGUAAUGUUUUCUGUAUGUGGUAAAAUUCCCAUGCAUUAGUUUUUAUUCUGCAUCUGUGUUCUUUAUUCUCUGCCAGCCACCCCUGUGCCGUUCCCUGCGUUGCUGAAAUCACUUGUUAAUGUGGCAGAGCCUUUGUUGGUGUGUAAAUACCUGUAGCACUUAGGACUCUUAAGGAAAUCAGGGAUUAUUUUACCAUCUACAUAUAUUGAACAGGAGAAGAUUCUGUUUGUGGGGAAGCAGUGUGGAUAAAUUUGUGGUGUUUUGUUUGUUUGUUUUCUUUAGUAUAUCCUUAUCUCUUCUUUUAAAACAAAAGGCAACAUUUACCUAGUAAGGAGAGCUGAGCUUAGAGCUGCCCUCCGUUCACCACAGAUGUUAUUACUCAUACUAUAAUAGCUAAAACUGCUGUGUAUGGCCCCUGAAUGCCCUCUGAACAGGCCUGCCUGCUCGCAGCCCCACAGAGGCAAGUGGAGCCUGUGGCUGGCACGGAUACCCAGGACCUCAUCGGUGUGCCACGCUGGCUCAGGUGGCCGCGCGGCAGUCGGUCGCCCUCUGCGCCCGCCUGUCGGGCGUUAGCAGCAGCAUCGCCAAGGGUAGAGGCGCGUAGGGCAGUGACCCACGCCCGCCUUUCCUGCUGUGCCCUCAUCAAAACCUCUGCGCACGGCUGCUGUCGCGGUUUUGCGGAGCGUCGCCGUGCAGCGUGCUGCUGCAGCGGGGUUUGGCAGCAUCGGCAGUUCUCGCUGCAAGGCACAGGCCUUGAAGGCUGCGGGCGGCAGUCGUGAAGUAGAGCAGAGCUCAAAAAGGCUGUGAGAAGUCAAAACAUCUGGUGAGAAUAAUGCUUCAUCCUGGAGUAGGUUUCACAUUAAAGGCUUUCCUUGUGCCCAUCUUUGUGGAAAUGAUUUGCUCUGUUGCAGCAGAACAAAAGACUGUUUCAUUUAAUGCUACGUAUGAUUUUCAACUGAGUGGCGUAGUGUCAUCCGACCAUCUACAGCGUUAUACCCACUCAGUAUUCCCCACAAUCCACCGUCUCUCGUAUAGAAGCUUCUCAGAAGGAUAUACAGGACCCUGUUUUCUAAAUAGAAGCUUUGCAUUUCAAGAUAAAAAGUUAUGCAAUGCCUGCAUUGCGAACUUCUAUGUAGUGCACAGAUUUCUUGAUCUGACUCGGGCACCAGAAGCACUCUGGUCGUCAUUGCAUAAGAGGGAUGGGAUUAAUUUACUUUGCAAAGAGAAAUACAGCUCUGAGUGACACACAAGUGGACUCAGCAAUACUCGGCAGUGGUGCAUCUGGCACAGGAACAGACAGAUGAGAACUUGGUAUGUGUUUCCAGGAAUGUGCCCCUGUGCCCCAAGCAGCCCUUGCAGGUAGGCACCUCUCUGCUGAGCACCGAAUGGUCCCAGCUCUCGCUCAUGCCGCUUCCUUGCAGCUCUGACAUUGCUUGCUACGCCAGGGCUGUGGGCCACGUACAGCUGCAGGUUUCAUUAGUAAAAGCGUGUGUUUGCUAAAAUAACCGAUAUGCAAUAUCCCUUACAAAGGCAGUAAAUUAGUCAAACAAGUAAACAUUGCUAAUGAGAAGUCGGGUAAAUUGUCCUGCGCAGAGAUCUGUGCUUUCUCCAGUACCUAAUGACUUAGGGGGCAUUGAGCAGCGUAGAUCUAUUUCUAGUAACUGACAGCGUGGAUAAACAGUCAGCAAUCCCAGAGGUAUGCCAGGCUUGGGAGAGGUGGGCUUUCCUCCAGCCCAGCUACCCUUUUUCUGCUCAGCCCUAUUGGGUGAUUGUGGGCGUUCUGGGUAAGGGCACUGGGCACCCGGCCUCUUCCCUCCCCGUGCAGGGCUUGGGCUGGUCAUGGCAGUGAGCUUUUCUUCACAGUUGUGUAGGAUUCAAGCCCCUGAUUUCUUCGGAUUCAGAGAAUGAAUACAAUAGCUGCAUCAAAAUGACAUAGUACUAGACAAAUACGCUAAAAUGGCGGUUAAACUUUAGUCACUUUGUUUUUGGUUGCUUUGGUGUUUAAAACAUUAUGCAGCCAGAAGCAAUGGAGAAGGCUUACUGGCGGAGUGAAAAGGAAGUUCCUCUGGCACUUAAAAUGUUUUCCACCAGCACUGGUAAGCCAGACCUGACAGCAUCUUUCCAAUCCUUAAUUUACUUAAUUUAUGGGAUGAUUUGCCAGAUUAAUCAGCAUGAUUGCCUACAGCUGUGUGGUUGGGUUCUGCUUGGGUGCAGUGAACUUCGCUAUGUUGCGUGCCAAGAUUAGAGUUUGUAGUACAUAUAAAAGCAUACCUUUAUUUUUGUCUGUAGUGGUUUCAGAGCACGUGUUCCUCUCCUGCCACCACAUCCUCUGGUUUUGUUAUGAAACGGGGGGCGCGAACCAGAGACGGCUCCUUAACUUCCCUCAGCCACGACAUACCUUUUGACGUACCGAGAAGCUAAACGCUUUGCUCCGCGGGUGUGCCAGUGAGCAUGACUGUACUGGUCACAGCUGGUAAAUAAUGGAAACAUAGGUAGUAAGAGAAUUUUUUUUUUUUUUUUUGUUGGAAAAGCAGCGUACAGUGCAGUAGUUUUAUACUUAGCAGCUUACAAGCUGCUGGUACCUUGCUUGCGCACGUCGUUAGAGCUGUCGGGGUAGGGUGGCUGGUUGCUGUGGUAGAGGAAGGCGCCGCUACAACAGCCCGUUCUGUCUGAACUGUGAAAGUUUGCAGCUUUUCUUCUCUUCCUCCCCACACCCCCCCCACACCCCCGGCCUGCUCAGGUGGAGGAAGCAGUAAGCAUUGUACGUCUUAGAGCUUCCAAAUGUUAACAAAACUGGGUUUGAGGAAAAAGCUUUAAUAGUGAUAUGAAUGAUCGUCUAAUGUGAAUCAGUGCUCAAACUAUCCCACUAUAUGUUCUCAACUGUGUUCUCAACCAAUAUUUUUAUAGGAAAUAUGUUUGAUUUGCCCAAACUCUAUCCAGUUAAUAUACUUUGUAACAUCUCUGCCUGUAUAUAUCUUCUUUAAAGUAUACAAAUACAUGUAUUAUUAACAAGAAUAGAAACCUACUUAGGAUUAGAAAGCUACUCGUACUUGAGAAACGCUCGUGUUUGGAAGAAGGUUGGCUCUCAGGUGAGCUUUUGGAAUGAUGGGAUCGAUUUCAUAGUAAUUUUUUUCUGCUGUACAGACUGCAACAACAUGGUGGGGAUAGCUUUAUCGGCUAUUACAGUCAAGUAAAUAAAAUUGUUAUACACUUUUGGUUUAGCUGGCUGCCUGUUCUACAAUUCUAGGACAAUUGUAUAUCUUCUGUAUCAACAAUGAUAACAACAUCCAGUAACACUAAUAUGCAUUUUGCCGUGUCAGCAUUUUUGUUAUUUAGGAAUUUGUAUCUCACCUGAGUUGCAGUUUAGCUUGCAGAGUCUCAGCAGGAAGUAUAGCCCUGUACUGUAAUUAUUUAAUCAACAAUAAAUUGUACUUUACUGUG